AUGAUAUCAAAGGAUAUUUACGAUAUAUCUUACUGUCUUAACGAUUUCAAAUGUCCUAGACAAAUACUUGGUAUUUUUGGAGUAGAUGAGUCAAGUUUUUGGGUAUCUGAAAAUAUACCUUAUGAAGGAUCUUUAGGAGAUAAUACAUCCAGUAGAUUUUGGGCACCAAAUCAGAUUUUCUUAGAAAAAACCAGGCCUGGUGUCACUACUAAUAGAGUUGUUGCGUCCUGCGUUUCCAUAACACCGGAUAUUCUUGCUAGAAGUAACAGAAGUCGCGACAGACACAGUUUUAACCCGGCAAGAAUCUUUAGCGAAACCAUCAAUGGUGUGAAAUAUAAAGACCACGCGGGACAUAUUAUAGCACAUAAAUUGGGUGGUUCGUAUCAUGAUCACAAUAUUAUAUCACAGAACCCUAAUUGUAAUACCGGUUAUUGGAGUCAUUACGUUGAAGGUAUUAUUAAUGUGGCUACCAAUUACGCGGGGAAGGAAAUAUAUUACGGCGUUAAGAUGACAUAUGUCAUUAACGAUAAAAAUGAUUUUCCCACUAGACCAGUGAAACUCGACUCGAAAAUAUUUAUUAAACAAGGGACUGUGUUUAAACUCAUAGGUUCUUCAGUUGUAAAAAAUCCUCCUCCCUCAAGCCUAUGUAAAAUUGUUUGUAAUGAUUUGUUUCCGGUUGAUUUAAAAUAUUUAGAUAACCUGUCAAAUUACACAAAAUGUAAUUCGGCUAAAGAUGAAUGUUGGGCAAAAUGUUAAGUAAAAAAUGUAAAAUUUUGAGUUAUAUUAAGUAGAAUUUUAAUUAAAUCAGAUUAACAGAGGUACCAAUUUGAGGCCAACAGAAUUGCACUCACUAUCAAGUAACAAUUAUGUUCGACAUAAUAAUUAGUCAUUAACGUUUAACUUUUUUAAUUUUAGAUAACUAGAAAUUUAUUUCGUACUGCAUUAAUACCUAUAAUAUAUCAUUUUUAUCAUUAUCAUAAUUGUUUUAAAAUAUUCUGGUAUAUAAUAUACAUAGGUAAUACAAUUGUAUUUAAUAAUAUAUACACAUUAUACAAUAUACAUACAUACAUGCAUGAUUAUUUCAUAAAUAUUGUAUAAUUUUUAUUAAUAAUAAAUUUAAUAAAAAAUA